CGGACGGCGGCUUUCGUGUACCCCUUCCUCUACGACAACAUCCCGCUCUUCUACCGGCUCCUCUGCUGCUCCUGGGGUAACUGCGCCUGGAACGAGGCUGCGGCCGGGUACUGCCACCACCUCCUCUUGGCGCUGCUCACCGGCUUCCUCUUCGCCUCCCACCUGCCCGAGCGCCUGGCGCCCGGCCGCUUCGACUACAUCGGACACAGCCACCAGCUUUUCCACAUCUGCGCUGUGCUGGGCACCCACUUCCAGCUGGAGGCCAUCCUCUGCGACGUGGGCUCGCGCCAGGCCUGGCUGCAGGGUCGCCUGCCCGUCCCCGGCUUCUCCGGCACCUUCG